AAGAUGGACAUGAGCGCCUAUUUAGUUGUCUAGGCGUGUGACGGAAAAAAGUUCAAGAUACGUGCGUGUCGUUCGUGAACGUCGACGUGUACGGUACGAACCGCGGAAUCGAGUGAUCUUUAACUUGGUUAUCAAAGAAAACAGUCAAAGCACACGUUCGUGAUCACAAGUGACGCGGUAUUUGUCGUUCGCACGCGGGCGGAAAGGGGAAGAGAGGGAUGGUGGGUACGAAAGGAGACCCGAAUUUUUCACCUCAAGCAGAUGUGAUUGUCGUAAACAAAUUUCGCAUGCGUACGAUCAAGAGUUCGCGUUUAGGACACGUCGUGCACGUUGCUACAGUGUUGUUAACCACACCGUGAAUUCCAUUCGUGUGUUUCCGCGAAGUGCUCGAUAUAUGUAUAAGGGGUGUGGGAAGAGUGCGUUCUCGCAUCGACUUGGAAUGCUGCCGUGUUUUGAUGUGCCUACUAUUGCGCAUGAAAAAAAUUGUCCUGCCCUUGACAAUAGCCUAUUUACCCGAAGCAGGCCGCCUUUAUACCGCGCUUACCAGUGAUAAGAGGGGUUCAACCACCCACCUGCGUGUGCAUCGCUUGUCCCUCUCUCUUUUUCUCUACCUCUCUACGUAUUUCCUCUAAACGUAGUCGCAAACGAACGAGCGACCACAAGCGCGCGCGCGCGCACACUUUUGCGUGUUGUGUACACGUGAACACGCCCGCGUGUGUUUGUCUCUCUGUAUCAUCGUGUAUACAAGCAUUUCUUCAUAUCUGCCCGUGUGUGUAUACCCGCCAACCAUUGUGGUAACGCAAUAAAUUGUAUUAUUCGACGCGAUAAACAGGUGCACGCAUAGUUCUAGCCAUGAAAAACACUUCUCGAUACUUUUGAGUAUUUCCUUGAUCAAGACAUUCACAAAUGUGAAAUAUGUAAAUGGUAGCAAAUACUGUAGACCUCAGAUCGCGUGCAAUCCACCGCUCUGGGAUACCACAAGAGCUACGAAUCGUAGCGGGCGAAAUUAGACGAAACCGCGUGACAGGUGGAAUCCAAACCUACCAAGAAUCACGAUUGCAAAAAGUUGAAAACGUACACCCAGCUUCUGUGUCUUCUAAGGGAUUCGUAUGGAAAGGUUUUUAUUUUUUCUUGCAAAAUUAACCGUUUUCCAAUUCUGUAACCUUGAAAAACGUGGUUAGUUCGUAAUACACCUUUGUCCGAAUUCAUCCGAAAGAACGCUGCGACGCCCUUAGUACACAUUGAGUGCACAUGCACCAUGGUGGCGUGUUAUUGCUUAUUUACCCCCGACACGUGCUUCCACUGUUAGCGUGCCUCGAGUACAACGAUAUCGACGACAACCUUUCCACGAUAAAAGCAGGACGGCAGACACGUUGCGUAAAAAAGCAACAAUACGACUGCGCGGAUUUUCAAAUACGUUUCUCGAAUUUUUCUCAUGUUCGUGAAAGUAACGUUAUAAAAUUCUUCUGAUCGAGAUAUUUACGUCGUAUUUUCUCAGUGAAAAAUCGUUCCUAACGGAAGUGUGACCGUCGAAUCGAACUGCUGCUUUGACAACGUGGGUGGGAACACGCAUUCUACUACGAUGAACUAUUGGCAUAGCGUGUUUAAGUAUAAGAUGCGCGUUAUGAAUUGAUCAACUGUAAUCGUUUGUGUACCAUGUAAAUGGUACAGCAUAACGCGUCGCUAGAGGAUCCGCAAAAUUCUUCACAACAACGGCCUGUCCAAUCGUCAUUGCGACGAUGUCUUCGAGCAGGAGUCUAGUCUCUCCCUCUGGAGGUCCUGUUGUUCUCUGUGGUCACGUGAAGAAGCUAAAGACGCAGAAGAAAAAAUUCUUUGUGCUGCGUGGCGAGCCACCAGGAUACCCCGCGUGUCUCGAAUAUUAUGAUAGCAAAAAGAAGUUUGAAAACAGGCAGCCGCCAAAGCGCAGCAUCUUGUUGGACAGCUGCUUCAAUAUCAAUAAACGCGAGGACACCAAACACAAACAUGUUAUCGCAUUAUAUACGAAAGAUGAAUGCUUUUGCUUGAUUCUGGAGAGCGAAAAGGAACGGGAUGAAUGGCUGAAAGCGAUGCUUUUACUUCAGAGCGGAAAUGUAGCUGAUGGAGAGCAACCUCGGCCUAUAUUUGAACAUGUAUGGCAAGUCACAAUGCAGAAAAAAGGACUAGGUGAACGAAAGAAUAUACAUGGUCCCUAUAGGCUAUGUUUAACUGAUCGAACAUUAAGCUUAGUAAAAAUUGGGGCAAAGGAUAAUUCAGAUUCUAUAGAAUUUCCUUUAAUUUGCAUCAGGCGAUGUGGGUAUAUGGAUCGUAUCUUCUAUAUGGAAGUUGGUCGUUCAGCAGUCACUGGUGGUGGUGAAUUGUGGAUGGAAGCUGAGGACAACAAUAUAGCACAUAAUAUGCAUGUUGCUAUUAUGAAUUCUAUGAGCAAUUCUAGCGGUAGUAAAGAUGAUGUGGGACCACGUCAAAGAAAGCGUAGCUCAUCUGCCACUGAGGCUAGCAAGCCAAUUUUUGUGCUCCAACAUCGACAUACUGGACAAAAAUUCCAUAAUUCACCAUUGGAGGAACACAGGACACACGAGGAGCAGGUGGAUCCAGUUCAAGAACAGGAGCAAUCUAAUCAGACUCAGAGUACCUCUUCUUGCAAUACAGUCACGGUCGUUGCUGGUACCGGGGCUGGGACUGCUGGGAUUGCCUCGACUAAUACCAACUGUGCCACUACCACUAGACGUCGUCAUUCGGUAGCGAGUCAUCCCCAUUCCGUCAAUAAUUCCCAAUCCGUUCAUGUUACAACAACAACUACAACAACCACCACCACUAUUACCAUCACUACGACCGCUACCGUGACCACCACAACCACAACCGCGACAAUAUCCCAUCAGAGAACCUUGUCGCUGCCCUUAGCUGCCAUUAUCAAUCAAAUGCAAUCAUCUAAAAGAUCAGUUUUACGCUGUACAAAUGGGCGUGACAGAUGCGACAGUUUACCGUCGAGGGCUCGUACCACCAGCGAGAGUCAUCCAGCAUCGAUAUUAAGUCAUCCUAGGAGCUCGCAUUUUGCGUCCCAUGUGCUGAGACCGCACUCUAUGUAUGUAAAGGGAGUCUCCUACUCGCCACCAAUCGCUUCGAUGCCUAUCAGUCCCGCUUCCGGUGCAUGUUCCACGGACUCCGCGGGAUCAUCCCUUUCGAUGGACGAUGGUGGCGAAAAUGUGUUGGAAGAGGGCACUGUCUCGAGAUACGGACAUUCUUUAACACCUGACGAACCUGUUAUUCUGGAGGAGAAUGGCGACGAUUAUGCCCCGUGGUCCACGUCGCAUUCGCAUCAUAAAUAUUCGCCAAAUUUCAAGUCGCAUUCUCCUUCCCAGCAAAGUUCCUAUUUAGAAAUGUGCAGCCCUUGUGGAUCGAGUCCUGGCCGCAGUGGAGCCUACAUGCAAAUGAGUUCAGGUACAGGACAUUCGCAUUCACGGGGAUCUUCCCUUGUAGAGGAAUCAAACACUUUACCGGAAGGUUACGUACCUAUGGCACCCGUUGGCAACAAUGGAUAUGUCGAUAUGGAUCUUUCGCAUAAUCACAAUGGCCAUUUUCUUGAUGAUCUGUCGCAUGGUGGCAGUAGUUGUUCCGUUACUUCUGGUACACCUAGCACAGACUUACGAUUUUCUGAGUAUCAUCUAGACAAGAUAACGAGUUUCCUCCCUCCUGGAGAAGAUUUGCAAGCAAGACCAGCAAGAGCUUACUCCAUUGGGUCUCGGCCAGAACCCGUAAAUAGGCAUCGUAAAAAUAGAUUGGAUGUCACUCAGCAGGACGCUAGCAGAGUACGAGCAUUCUCUGUAGGUAGUAGAUCUAAGAGACCUGAGAUUGGCAGGUUAGCGAAUGUAGUUACUGCACCAUUACCAGUUGGUUGUGAAAGCUCAAGCUCCAAUAAGUCAAACUCGGCACCGUUGCUGUCGAGUUCUUGGGGGCACAAUUCUGGUUGUUCUGUAACUUCUGAACGAAUGGAAGAUCUAAUGGAAUUGGAUUUCACGAAACCUAGUAUUUCUACAACCUUUAAUUCACCGCCUUCAUCUUACUCGCAGUCGCAAUCUCAGUCGCAUUCGUACUCUACUGCCACCGACACCAGUUCCUAUGUUGAUAUGUCUCCUGGACAACCGCCCUCGUCGACCACUGCCCCGUACGUCGAUAUGAGCCGCAUAAAUAAGAUUAACCGUAAUAACAAUAACAAUACAAUCACUGCCAAUCAGAAUCAUAGUCACAUUCAUGUAUCGUCCUCUGCUUCCAUUCAUAAACCCGUAAUCACUACUUUGAAGCCGGUGGAAGAAGCAGAAGGAUCAUACAUGAGAAUGGAUGGUGUAAUGGAGGAUUGGUCACAAUCCGAUACAAGUCCUAAGCAAAUUUCAUCACCCAUGCAAGAAGAAUGUGUACAGUCGAAUGGGCCGCCAGGAGCCACAAGAACAGCACCAGUCGAUCUUCCACGGCGCCCACCUGCCGACUAUGUUGAUAUGAAUUUCAAACCAAGAACAAGUUUAGAACAAGACUACAUAAAUAUGAACAUGAGCAACCGAAACAAUCGUAAAAUAAUAGCUACACGAUCUGGUAGUCGCAAGGAAAAAUCACGUUCGCAGCCAAUCGCAAUCCAAGCAGGAAAUAAACCUAUAAAAACGCCUAGUUUCUUACCUCUAAACGGAAGUCCGGAAUCAGAAAGUUUAGCGAGUACUCCCGCGUCACCGCCGCGGGCAACUCCGACAGGUUCUUCAGCGACUAUUUUCCCUUUUUCUCUAAACAGUCCUCAGUCACCUGAGAAAUCAUUCACUCAUCAAAAGAGUACCGACGAAUCGUCAGAGCUGAAUAUGAGCUCCACAUGUAGUAACGAUCGUACAAUUAUAGAAGCUACAAGUAGUAGAAUUAGCAUGGUAAAUUCUAUUCCUGUAACGGAGGCGAAUAACACUUUGCCAAAAUUAAUUAACGAUAAACCGUCUAGUUCUACAGGAAAAGAUAAUCAAGUUAACCGAGUGAUAUUGAACAACUCGUUAACCUCGCAAGAUAAUACGUUAAAUGCUGUAACAAAAAAGUUUGCCGACUUAAAUGUAUCAAAGCCACGUUUGAUUACCGCUUCCCCGAACACCAGUCCCACAUUAUCCGGCUUUAAGCCAACCAUUGAAAAACAACCGCCGUCUCCAAAGUUGCAAGAUGAGACGCCAACGCCUACACCUAGCACCAUGCCAAGUCCAUUAGAAAAGGAGAGUUUUGAUAAAGUGCAAGCUGAUGCGGAAAUUUUGCACUACGCUAGUCUAGAUCUUCCUGAAGUUGGUAACACAGCACCUAUAUCGCCAGCAUCCCAAGAAGGCUUCAAUUAUGCUGAAAUCGAUUUCGCUAAACUUAAACAAAACUAAGAGGCCAUCGUUAGCUAUGCGAGUGAUGGAAUCAGUGUAAUAUGCGUGUGCGUCACGUAUCGUGAAAUGCUAUUGACCUUUUUUGAUCAUAUUGACGAGUAUUAACAGGACAAUCGAUCGUUCUAACAUUGGUCGAGCUAAAUUGACGAAAAGGAGUUAAAAUGAUGGUGUUGGAUGUAAAGUGUAAAUAGUUAAAUUUUGUUUCUUUGUUCCCAAUAUUUAAAUCGAGAUCAUUUUAUCCAUCGUAUACUUCUGAGUUCCGAAUGUUGCUUUUUGUUGAGUACAGUAGCGAUUAUGGGGAAUACUGUUAUAAAUUGAUACGACCUUUCUAGUUCGGGAACGGAAUGUAUUUGCAUGUUGCUUUCUGAUGUUC